AUGUAUUAUGGACGGAGGUAUUUGAGACUUGUGAUGGCAGCGUUGGCUGCAUUGGCUGUUUUGUUGUUAGUACUUGCUCUGGCGUCUAGCAAGUAUAGUUUUAAAGGAUACAAUUCAAUCCAACUGAUUAGACCCACAUUCAAUUCAGAAUCGAAAGGAAAUUCAUUCUUAAGUAAGAUAAGCUCUUUAUAUUCAAAAGAUGGUGAUAAGCAAGCUUUGAUCGACAAGUUUCCUCUUGAUGCUGCGUUGACAGACAACGCGUUAUAUACGGAGACGAAAAUGAAAUCGUACGGUGAUCCCGCUCCUUAUAUGUUAGGAAAGCCGGCUGACUUCGAAAUCAAGGAGGAAGAAAUUUGCAAGCGUUUAGAAUACGAAUCUGAGUUCCAUGUAAGCAAACAAGCGUUUCUUCUUGCGGACUACGAAAGAGUUCAAAAGACAUUGAAGGAGAGUCCAGAGUACAACAAGUUGAUUAACGAAGCAAACGAAAAGUUCAAACCCACUAUUCCUAUGGAACAUCGGUGGUUUAGAUUUGGAGGUUCAUCGGUAUGGUUACCUCAGUACGAACUUCAUUACAUGGUGAGUAGAAUUCUCUACACGCCAUCGGGUAUACCGAAUAAGUCGUUCGUAAGUUUCCUUUAUAUCCAAUUAUUUGACAAGAAUUGGGUGGAAAUGGACGAGACCACCUUGACUGUACCAUACGAAAAAAAAAUUAUGAGAAGUGUGACUAAUGCUGAUGGUUCAGUUACUGAAGCACUUCUUGAAACCAAAUUAGGAUCGAGAGAAGUCACAUAUCCAAGCUUUUUACCAAUAUCUUUUGAUGUUCAAAUGGAAGUUCCAAGUGGAAAGUACUACUUUGGACCCGAAGACCCAAGAAUUUUAUUGAGAAAGAAUUCGUUAGGUUUCGAAGAGCCAUUGAUCGUGUUCAACAUGAAGAAUAAUAACUUGGUUAAACGUGUUAUGCACUUGUAUCUCCCAUUCUCCAACCAUUUGCAAGUCUUAAAGAAGAGAUCGGAACCAUAUGCGUAUGUCGAGAAGAAUUGGACUCCUUUUAUCAGUAAGAUAAACGCCGAUAAAAUCAAUUUUAUCUAUUCCAUUGAUCCAUUGGAAAUCCUUACAUGUGAUGUUGAGACAGCCACUUGCGACUUCUUACAAAAGGCGCUGAAAGAGGACUUCAAUUACGUGGGGCCAUUAAGAGGGGGUACUCAAUUAGUUGAUUUACCAUUCGAUAACCUCAUGCCAGAUCAUAUUUUGGACAAAUACCGUUUGCCUAAGAACAGAAAUAUUUACAUAGGUUGGGCUAGAGCGCAUCUCAACAAAUGUGGCUGUGGUGAGUCGAUGUACAGACCCAAUAUGAUUAUCUUAAUUGAAGACUACAAUCCCGAAGAAGAUAGAUUCUACUAUAAAUUAAGUGACGUCUCCGAAUAUGUUGAUUUUAAUGCGCAUGUUCCUCCUUGGACCAUUCCGAAGUUGGACGACAAUGGAAACUUGUUAGAACUGGCUCAACCAAAGGAAUGUGAAGGAAGAAACGUCCUUAUUCCAAAUUCCAUCGCUUAUUGGGAGAUCGAAUCCGUCGUUAAGGACACCACGCUGUACCUGCGUAAGUUCUUCGAUAGAAUACCUACCGACGAACAAAUUAUCGAUUCUCAUGCCCAUAAAGUUGUUAAGAAUGCUCCUAGAGAUUCUACAGCAAUUCGUCUUUCAUUUAAUGAUUAUAUGGGAGUUACCUUGUCAGCUGCUGAUAGUGAUGUCAGUAUUGUUCAUAUCAAGGGUUUGUUAAAUUACAUCUUAAACUUGCCAUCAUUGUUCGAUGAAUCUACUUUGGUCUUGGCCAUUUCAAAGUUCCAACCUAGAGGUUAUGAUAUGAAUAAUAAGUGUGCCAUGUCUGCCAGUAGAAAGUAUUGUGUUAAAUAUGCAGAAAGUCACGGAGGUGUUACUAACUACUAG